CUGUGGGGCAAGAAGAAGAAGAACCACUGCAGUUGCAGUUUCCUAAUUUCCUCAUGGUAUUUGGACUGAAACGAUGAGCAAAUGCGCGCGGUGCUGCUGCGAGACAACAGGAGAGAACCGCAUGGUUACCGACAGCUGCGGCCACGCCAAGUGUCGCCUCUGUCUGGUAGCGGAUGUGUCCGAUUGCUUGGAGUGCCGCGUUGCAAAUCAGGAGAGUGCGGCCCCCGCCGCCCAACUGGAUGCCAAGCCAAGGACAGCCGCGGACAAGUGCAUUUUAGUAACGGAUCAGGGCUAUCACUGUACUGUGUGCAACAAGGACUUCCGUAGCCGUACCCAGCAGUACUACCACCUAGCUUGCGGCAACGAUCAGCUCAAGAAGUUUAGCUGUAAUGAGUGCAGCCGCAGGUUUGCUACCCGUUCCCACUUGCAGUACCACCUUAGCAGCCAUGAAAAACAAACGAAGCACUCCUGCAGCGUCUGCAACAAGCGGUUUAAGCAGCAAGUCGUAUUGAACCGCCACAUGCGCACCCACAGCACCGAGCUUCAUGUGUGUCCGCAAUGUCCCAAGGAGUUUCGACGGGAGAGCUCUCUGAAAAGUCAUUUGGCCGCGCACUCUGAUCUCGGCCUGCCCUAUAAUUGCGAGCUAUGCUCCAAGCAGUUCCAGAGUAAGGCCAAUCUGAAACAACACUGUCGAAAGCAUGACAAGAACAGUUUGCGACACAAGUGCAAGGUCUGCCAGAAGUCCUUCCUGCGCCAGUCCACGCUCCGCCUGCAUAUAAAACGUCAUUCGAAUCGCGAGCGUCUCUCCUGUCCCCUGUGUGGAAAAAGCUACAACGAUGCGGACGCCCUGGCCCGCCACCAGAAGCAACACAUAACUGGUGGCGAGCGAUACCGAUGCGUUCAGUGCGAGAUCACAGUAAACCGAAAGGAUAAUAUGCUCCGACACUUGCGCUCCAUGCAUCCAGGGGUUGCAUUUGAGAAUUGUGUAGAAAUCGUUACACCCAAUCCUAAUCCCCAGGAGCCUGCACUGGUGGAGCAGAGACCGGUGGAGAGUCUGAGGUACAACAGCGUGAUCAAGAGCGUUGGAAACGUCGAGCCAGUGAUGCUACCACAGUCGCCGCAUCCUGAAGUGCCGUUGGAAAAACCAGCACCCAACCCAGUGCCAAUGUCGCUACCAGUUGCUAUGCCUGAGAAGAACGUCCAGCUGUAUCGCAAGAUCAUCCUGGACCUGGACAACGAGGAGUACUCCGAGAUGAGCCUUGACGAGGGAGAUGAAACCGCCACUGCACAGAACGCUCAGGAUCUCGGUCUGCAGCAGAGCCAACCGCGUUGCCCGGGCCACGGGAGCUCCAAAUUUAGCGAGAUGCACUGGCGCAAGAAUUUCAAAGCCUCAUACGAAAAGGGGCGCACAAAUUGAUAGCAUGCCAGCGCU